UUUAUCGUUACUGUUUUGCACAUCCUUAGAACAUUUUCUCUGUGGUUUCAUAAUAAAUUGAUUUUAUUUUUAAUUCAACUACCUGGUUGAACUGGAAUAUACAUUUUCUAAAAUGGGUGAAAGAUAUAAUAUACACAGUCAAUUGGAGCAUUUGCAGAGCAAGUAUAUCGGUACCGGACAUGCGGAUACAACAAAAUUUGAAUGGCUAACUAAUCAACAUCGCGAUUCCCUUGCUAGUUAUAUGGGACAUUACGAUAUGCUGAAUUAUUUUGCAAUUGCUGAAAAUGAGUCUAAAGCGCGCAUUCGAUUUAAUUUGAUGGAGCGUAUGUUGCAGCCGUGUGGACCGCCACCAGAAAAGGCCGACGAUUAGAAAUUAGUUGCCAAAAAAGGUAUUGUAAUGUGUAUCAACUAGGAAGUUUAAUUAUCUAAAAUAAAGUAAAAAUUGAUUUUGUAUAUAAAAGAAAAA